UCGAUCGUUGCUUAUUUCUUUGCGUUGACAAGUACGUGUUCAAGGUCAGACUGCAUCAAAUAUGUCGCCAUUAUUAUUAUGUUCGGUGUUCAUCUUGAUGCUUACCUGUACCUGUACCUUUACCUGGGCCGGUCAGAAUUUCGUUAAUGUUACGGAUUGUCCAAAGGAUGCCAAUGAAUGGGAUACGAGAUCAAAGAGGAAGAACUGUUAUGGUGAUACACCAGAUUAUUUAUGUGCAGCCAUCGAAAACAAAUUGGGCAAAUUCGGAGAAAUUUGCACUAAACAUGGGUUGACUCCAUUAAACAAAUGUGCGGUGUUGAAUGCACAGACUCAUAACCUGGACUCUGUGGAGUGUAAAGCUGCCUCAGGAUGUCCAUCACAACCAUACAUUCCAUCCGAGUUGUGGAAAUAUACAAUUUGUUACGGAAAUUUUUAUGAGAUGAAAACAACCUUAGCACAAAACAUAACCCCAAAAACCACCAAUGCAGGUUCAAGAAAUGACACUCUUGUAGGAGAUAGACCAAUAGGUGGUGAUUCAAUGUUUGGAGCAGGACUUGCAGUAGCAGUGGUGUUCAUUCUGAUCAUUGUGGUUGUGGUUGUCGUUUUUGUUGUUUUUUAUGUCACAAACCAGUUUGGAUUCAGAAAAAAAGUACAACAACUCUAUACAGAACUUAGACAACGUUUACAACACAGUGGUCGGACAGAUAUUCAUCAAGAGUCAGAGAAAGAUGCUGAAAAAAAUGAAAGAGAAGUCUUACUGCAUAAUGAUGACACGAAGAACGGAGCCAGUUUUGAUCAGCCAAUUUAUGCCCAACCUAAAAAGACUAAAACAAGAAAAGAACACACAGAUCCUGUCAAACCAGAAAAGGCUAAAACAAAGAAAGAAAUGAUAGCAAAUACCACAGAUACUUGUGAUAGAAAAGAAGAAGGACCCAGAGGCAAACUCGAUGAUCGGGACGUGAAAGUAAAGAAACUGGAGGAGCUUCUGAAGUAUCUUGUUCAUAUAUUGGAACGAGAACUUAGUGUCAAUGAUUUGAAAGAGAAAAUGGCGAUUCAUUCAAAAUCUAUUGAACAGUAUUUCUCUGAACCACUCAUAAAGGAACUUCAGAGUGUGAAAAACCCAGGUGACUAUAGUCGAUUGGAUGUCUCUUCAGUAUUUACUCUGCUAUGUAACUUCUGUGAUGGCAUAAAGCCACCAAGCAGAGGCUGGGACUAUGAACCAGCAGAUGAUGAAACACAUGUUGGUGCAGACAUUGAAAGAAUAAGAUUUAUGUGGAACAAGUAUUGUGAUGAUGAUUUUGAAUUUAAGCACCUUGAUGAAGUGUAUCUCCGAAUGAAACAGAAGUAUGGAACUGUAGCAGUUUAUGGGGAUGAUGGUGUGAGUAAAUCUCCACUUGAAGAUAAAGAGAAAGCUGAAGGUUUUGAAACAGUGAAGUUGAAAAUACAAAGUAAUAAGCUAAAUGAAGAUUGCAGUGUGGAGAAAGGCAUUGUUAUUACAGAAGGCACAACUUCUGCAUUAAAAAUAAUGGAUUCCAAGAAUGUAGUAAUUCUAAAAGGUGCUAUUGGAUGUGGAAAAACACAUGCAUUAAUGGCAAUUCAAAACCACUUCCAAGAAAAACAAUGGGAGACAGAAUGGGUAGAGUUUCAGAAUUUAAAAGAAAACACUUCAAAAGAAAAACCAACAAUCCUACUGUGUGAUAAUCUUUUUGGAAGAUUUGGGAGCUGUGUAUUUUCUCAAAAUGACGUUGAUGAAAUCGAAAAGAUUCUAAAAACAAUUGAAAAUUCCAAAGACAAUAUCAAAACUGCCAUUGGAGUCCACACACAUAUUUUUGAUGAAGUAAAGACAGAUUUAAAGCUAAGUUUUCUACAACAAAAGAAUAUUACAGUAGAAAUGGAUAAACUUUCUGCUGCUGAGACAUUGCUUAUAUACAAAGAACAACUUAAAAAAGGCCAUUGUAAAACGGAUUCCAAUUGUUGGUUUAAAACUGUUGGAUUUCAGUCAGUGUUAGAUAAAUUAUCAAUGAACCAAGGUCAGAUUGGAAGUCCUUUCUUAAGUCUUAUGUAUUGUAAUCAGCACGAGCUGUUCUCUGACGAAGCCUUCUCUGUCAACCCUAUUCAGACAAUGAUGAAGCACUUCCAAAGAAUGAGACAAGAUAAGAAUUCACUCUACAGUUGUCUUGUUUAUCUGAUGUGUGUCCAAGAGCACAUUUGUGAAGAAAAACCACAAGAAUGGGCCGUUCACAUCAGUGCAGAUAUUACAAAAGAUUCAUUUAAGAAUGCCGCAGCAUCUGGUUAUGCUAAAAUCGACAACAAUAAAGCAAUUCUUGCUCAUGAUAUUUUGACUGACGUUUUAUUUAAAUCUGUAGCAGAAACAGAAAACUGUUUAUUGCGAGUUGUGCAAAACUCUGAAGUGGAUUUGAUGCUUCAGCUUUUUAGACCUCCCGGUACCACUCAUAGUGACUUACACUGUGAUUUUCUGGAUGUAAAUAAAGAUGAAACAUUUAGGUCAAUUGGAAAAGAAUUUGUCUAUCGAUGUGCUUCCAAAUAUAAAAAAAAGUGGAAGGACCAUCCCUUGUUAACAGAAGAUUUUGUGAAAGAAAAAUAUUCCAGCUAUUUAAAAGGGCGACCCAAACAUAUGAAAAAGUCAAAAUGAUGAGGUGAUAUCAAUGAGAGAAAUA